AUGUCAUACGAAUCACAUAGAAAUGGAGGAAGAGGAUCUGGGAGUGAUAGAGGAGGAAGUUUUGAAUCUCGUUCAGCUUCAUCAUCACAUCAUGAUGAAUAUUAUCAGAAUGGUUCAUCAUCAUCAUCCUCAUCAUAUAGAGGAGGUUAUAGAGGAAGAGCAAGAGGGGCACCGUACCGAGGUGGAUUUAGGGGAUCGUAUAAUGAUUCCUAUCACAGUAGAGGAGGAAGUUAUAGAGGAAGUUCACUGAGAAGUGGAAGUUAUUAUAGUCGUGGUGGUAGUUAUAAUAGUAAUUAUGGAGAUCGAGAUACAGAUGAUACUCAUUUUGAAUCUCGUCGUCGAGAAGAAUCAGUUCAUAGUGAUAGGGAAAAAAGUGUUGAAGAUAAUGAAUAUAAGGAAAGAGCAGGUUCUACACCAACAAAUCAUGGACAUGUUUCACCAUCAUCAUCAUCAAGCUUUAGAGGCAGUGGUAGUUCAUAUAGAGGAAAUUUCAAGAGUCGAAAUGGAUCAUAUACUGGUUCAUCAUAUCAUUCACAUCAUCAAACAUCUCCCACAACAAUACUGAAAUCAGAUCAACAUCCAUCUGGAGGAGAAUAUUAUAAACAAGGAGGAACAGUUGAUAAAAAUUCACGUCAUUAUAAAGAAUUUUUACAUGAUACAAAAUUAAAAGAUUUUAAAAAUCCAUGGAUUAAUAUAUUAAAUAUAAAAGAUGAAAAAUUACAAAAUAAUUUAGAAAAAAAUUAUAUUGAACAACAAAAAUUAGAUGAAACUAUUUUAGAUUUACAAAAGAAUAAAUUAAAAUUGGAAAUGAGUAUGAAUAGUUUGGAUAAUUAUGCUUCAAAGGAAGCAUUACAUGUUCAAUUAACUUCUGAAAAAUUGGAUGAAUUUGUAUAUAUCUAA